GCAGGUAUCAACUACCCAAGUUACCAGUUGCACUUGAGGGGAUUGGUUCAUUAAUUAUAUGUACAAUGCACCUAGCAGCUUUGACUUAUCUCAAAUUGCUGUUGCCAGACGUCUGAAAGGAAAGGACCGAAUUCCUAGUCUCAUUUAAAUAUUCAACAAUGGUGUCUCCCAGCUUUUAAUUAUUGUUGAUCAACUUUUAUAUUAAUUCUGUCUCAUUCAUUGCCAUGAAUUCAACAGUCAUAAGUCCCCUUUCUUCUCAUCUUCACAAUUGCAUCAUCCCCAGAUGAAGAAUCGUCUUCCAGGCUUCUGUUUUUUCAUUCUUUGUAUCCUUUUAAAAACAGUUUUGGCCCAGUUGGAUCCUUUAUAUGAAGCUUGUGUGCCUGAAACUUGUGGCGAUGGACAGAAGAUUACCUUCCCGUUUUACAUCCGGCACAAGCAAGAAUCCUCCUGUGGCUAUCCCGGCUUUGAAGUCUCAUGCAAUAGCCAAGGAAAUCCAGUUCUGAACUUGCAGAAUGUCGACUACCUUAUCCAUCAGAUCUUCUACAAUGACAAAAUUCUUCGCCUCUCAAACACCGCAGUAGUUUCUGUAACAAACGCUAACAGUACCUCUUGUAUAGAUCUUUCCAGUCAUCGCAUCCAAAACGUGUCGCUUCCUGAGGACCGGUUUGCACUUCUUUCUAACCAGACUGACCUCGUUUUGCUCUACAAUUGUAGCUCUUCAUUGCCUGACGAAUUUUCAAAGUACAAAGAAGGUAUCUGUGAAGAUUAUGAGAACAAAACCGUGGGUGAAGUUUUGGCACUGGUUGAUAAUGAUCCUAACCUGGAAAAUGUUUCCAGGGGAUUCCGUUGUGGUGAUCGGGUGGUGGCGCCGGUGGACAUGUAUGGCGGAGACAGCGGUGGGUUUGGGAUUGCAGAGAUGCUAAACAAAGGGUUUUUGCUUAACUGGACAGCAACGAAUUGCAGCGUUUGUGAAGCUAGCGGUGGUAAAUGUGGCUUCAAUUCUUCUGCUUACCAUUUCAUGUGUUUCUGCCCAGAUAGGCCUCACGCUCACAUGUGUGAUCCAGGCCAUGCCAAAACCCUUUUCAGCAGAGUUGUAAUAGCAAUUGUAGCCGCUGCAAUUGGCAUGCUGAUCUUCCUAGCUUUCUGCUUUAUCAGAAAAAAUUCUUCAAAUAACUGCUUGCUCUUCUGGAAGAAGAAAACUGAGGAUUGCCAAAAGAUUGAGGAUUUUUUAAGGAACCAUGGAUCCCUUGCACCUAAAAGAUAUAGUUAUUCAGAUAUUAAGAAAAUAACCAAUUCAUUCAAGCAUAAACUAGGCCAAGGAGGCUAUGGAGGUGUUUAUAGAGGUAGCCUGCUCGAUGGUAGUAAUGUGGCUGUGAAGGUCUUGAAUGAAUCCAAAGGUAAUGGUGAAGAAUUCAUUAACGAGGUUGCAAGCAUUAGCAGGACUUCCCAUGUCAACAUAGUCACUCUUUUAGGUUUUUGUUUUGAGGGCAAAAAAAGAGCUCUCAUUUAUGAGUUCAUGUCCAAUGGAUCCCUUGAGAAGUUCAUAUUUGAAAAAAAUCAAUCCAAGCCAGAUCAUAAGUUGAAGUGGGAAGCGUUGCACAAAAUUGCAGUUGGCAUAGCUCGAGGAUUGGAAUAUCUUCAUCGUGGCUGCAACACACGAAUUUUGCACUUUGAUAUAAAACCUCAUAACAUUCUCUUAGAUGAAGAUUUUUGUCCUAAAAUCUCUGACUUUGGCCUUGCUAAAAUAUGCCCCCAGAAAGAGAGUAUUGUAUCCAUGACUGGUGCACGAGGGACUAUUGGUUACAUUGCUCCAGAAGUAUUUUGUAGGAACUUUGGAACAGUCUCUCACAAAGCAGAUGUUUAUAGCUAUGGAAUGAUGAUUUUAGACAUGACUGGAGGAAGAAUAAACAACAAUGCUAGAGUCGAUAAUAGCAGUGAAAUGUAUUUUCCACAUUGGAUUUACCAGCGUCUUGAAGCAGAUGAAGAAAUUGGAUUUGAAGACAUUUCAAAAGAAGAUGAUAAAGAAUGUGUAAAGAAGCUGAUAAUAGUGAACUUGUGGUGCAUACAGACUAAUCCCUCAGACAGGCCAACGAUUAGUAGAGUAUUGGAAAUGUUGGAAGGAAGCCUUGAUUCCUUGCGAAUCCCACCCAAACCUUUUGCAACUUCUCUAGAAUCACCCGGAAGAGAUUCUUCAACUUCACUUUUAUGCUAGCAUUUUAAUUCAAUGAUAUUGUAUUGUAUUAGGAUUACCCAAUUUUAGAAAUUAUGUUACACUGUUAACCAAGGAAGCAUGGAAAUGCAACCUAUGGUGCAAUUUUGUGUUUCUGAAGCAUUUUCAUUUUGGAAUGGCCCUGAAACUAGUAUGAAACAUUUUGGAGGCGUUCCAGAAAAAUUUCGAAACACAUUUCUUUGAACAAAAUAUGUGAAUUUGAUGAUUGAAGAAGGGUUCUUGACCACUCGUAUGAAGGUUGAUUUCCAACAUUAA